GGACAACUACAAGUGCAAAGGGGAAAUAUCCCAAAUUGGCAAUGAUCGCACCAGGUGAGGCUCCAUAGGGCUGUGGAACUCAUAUUGCAUUCAUGCAAUGACGUCGAUCCUAUCGUGGCAGCUAGCCUCCCUUCAUAUGGAGAUAUCUUCAAUAUUGGAGCCCAUAGCCCACGAAAGGGUAUAAGAAUCACACUCCUGCCGCCCUUCAGUUUGGGUUUUUUGUUCCUCAUCAGACAGACGAAGUCAUCAAUCUACCUACUCACUCAUCUACUAUAUCUUCCACUCUUCAACUUCUAAACCCAACUAAACCAUCAAGAUGCGUUUCACCGCCACCGCAGUCACUGUCCUCCUCUUCGGCGCCAACGCCAUGGCCCAGGACCUGAAAUCUGAGGACGUUUCCAUCGCCGACUUCUCCGUCCACAAGGCGGGUGCCAGCGGUGCCUCUGCCGGCACUGUGGACGGUGUCUCCUUCAAGCUGACCGGCCAUGACGCCAAGGACCUCAGCUGCUCGGCCACUGCCAGCCAGAUCACCAGCGGUGUGCCCACCAGUGUCAUUACUUGCGGCGACUCCAAGUACCGCUUCGCGCUUCUCGAAAGCCCCGACGCGUCUACCUUCACCCUCCAAGUCUUCCACGAGCUCGGAACUGCUUCCGGCUUCUCCGGCCGCGGCAACAUUGCCACCUACUGCCACUCCGGUGGCCUCGACAACAUGGUCUGCAGCCAGACCCAGACCCCUGCCACCAUCCACAUCGACAGCCUUCCCCAGUAAAGAGACUCGUCGAGCUCAUGUUUGGAGGAUAUUGAUGCUUACGUGCGUAUGAAGUAUGAGAGGAAACCUUGGCGUUCGCCUAUAGAUAUAGAUUUAGAGAUAGUUUAGCAUUCGAAUAUAUUGCGUCUUGCUUAUAACUGAGAUUUCCUGUGUGCUACUAGAUCCUGAGCAAUGCUGAAAUGAUAAUUUGUAUCGGGUUAUAAGCAAUAUGCAAACUUGAAAUAGCCAAACCGUCUUUAUUAUAGCGCGUAUUGAUGCUGAUACUAGGAAUAAAAUAGGAAUGUUGACAUUAGGAACCCCUUAAGAGAAUUGGAUGUAGUUAACAAAGUUCCAAAGUUACUGA